CCCUGCCCUCCGCGGCCUCGCGCCCGCCGCCGCCGGACAGCCGCCACCGGACAGCCGGGCCGAGGAUGCGACGCAGCGCAGUGUUUUAAGAAUCAAAGCAUCUAGGCUGGAUGGAAUUUAGCAUCAAUAAAAGUCCCCUUUCUGUUCAGAAAGUUGUAAAGUGCAUGAAGAUGAAGCAGACACCAGAAAUCCUUGGCAAUGGAAAUGGAAAGACUCAGAACUGCGAAGUGAACCACGAAUGUUCUGUAUUCCUCAGCAAAGCUCAGCUUUCCAACAGCCUACAGGAAGGGGUCAUGCAGAAGUUUAAUGGCCACGAUGCACUUCCUUUUAUUCCUGCUGAGAAGUUGAAAGAUCUUACUUCCCGUGUGUUUAAUGGAGAACCUGAUGCUCAUGAUGCCAAAUUGUGUUUUGAGUCCCAGGAAGCAAAAGGAAUUGGGACACCACCCAACACAACCCCUGUCAAAAACGGCUCUCCAGAAAUUAAGCUGAAAAUUACCAAAACAUACAUGAAUGGGAAGCCUCUUUUUGAAUCUUCCAUCUGUGGCGACAGUGCUGCUGAGAUGUCUCAAUUGGAAGAAAACGGACAAAAAAUGGAGAGCAAAGCAAGGAGGAACAGGAAGAGGAGCAUAAAAUAUGACUCCUUACUGGAGCAAGGCCUUGUGGAAGCAGCUCUAGUGUCUAAGAUCUCAAGUCCUGCAGAAAAAAAGAUUUCAGUUAAGAAAGAAUCCUGUCCUAACACUGGCAGAGACAAGGAGCACUUGUUGAAGUACAACGUGGGUGAUUUAGUGUGGUCCAAAGUAUCUGGUUACCCCUGGUGGCCUUGCAUGGUGUCCGCUGACCCACUUCUUCACAACUAUACCAAACUUAAAGGUCAGAAAAAGAGUGCACGCCAGUAUCACGUGCAGUUCUUCGGUGAUGCUCCGGAAAGAGCCUGGAUAUUUGAGAAGAGCCUUGUGGCCUUUGAAGGAGAAGGGCAGUUUGAGAAAUUGUGUCAGGAAAGUGCUAAGCAGGCUCCCACCAAAGCUGAGAAAAUUAAGCUGUUGAAACCUAUUUCAGGGAAAUUGAGGUCCCAGUGGGAAAUGGGCAUUGUCCAGGCAGAAGAAGCUGCAAGCAUGUCAGUAGAAGAACGGAAAGCCAAGUUCACCUUUCUCUAUGUGGGGGGUCAGCUGCGCCUCAAUCCUCAAGUAGCUACAGAGGCUGGGGUUGCUGCCGAGCCUUUGGGAGGAGGGCCAGACUCCUCAGGGGCCGUUGAAGAGGCUGCUGUUGAUGCCAAGUCUGUGAGAGAAGAAGGUGUGCCCAUGAAGAGAAGGCGAAGAGGGAAGAGAUCCAGCUCCGCAGAGAACCAAGAGAGUGACCCUGGCACAGAAAAGAGUACUCCUCAAAAGGUGGCAGAGGCUGACCCCAAGAGAGGAGUAGGCUCACCUCCCGGAAGGAAGAAAGCCACGCCCUCUGCCCCACGGAGCAGGAGGGGAGACGCGGCUUCCCAGUUUCUGGUUUUCUGUCAGAAGCACAGGGAUGAGGUAGUGGCAGAGCACCCAGAUGCCGCAGGCGAGGAGAUUGAAGAACUGCUUGGAUCCCAGUGGAACAUGCUGAAUGAAAAGCAGAAAGCACGCUAUAACACCAAGUUUGCCCUAGUGACGUCUGCCCAGGGUGAAGAAGACGCUGGUAACGUCAGUGGGAAAAAAAGAAAUCACACAAAGAGGACAGAGGACCCUCCAGAAGAUGUCGAUGUGGACACACCCAGGAAAAGACUCAGGAUAGACAAACACGGUCUUCGGAAGAGAGAGACGAUCUCCGACAAAACAGCCCGAGCAAGCUCUUACAAGGCCAUGGAGGCAGCCUCCUCCUUGAAGAGCCAGGCAGCAACGAAAAAUCUGUCUGAUGCAUGCAAACCACUGAAGAAGCGACAUCGGGCUCCCGCAGCAACGUCUUCAGCUCUUGGGUUUAACAAAAGUUCAUCUCCUUCUGCAUCCUUAACUGAGAAUGAGCUUUUAUGGGAGCCCACAUCAGUCAAGUUGGACUUGAACUCAGCCGCCCUGUACCGCACUUAGAGUGAUGUAAUUCCCCAAGAUGUCUGCUGCAGGUGGUGUAUCAUCGUACACACUAAGUGACAUUUCUCUCACAAUCAUUUUAUGGAAGAUGUGUGAUAAUCUGUUUUUAUUGGUAUUAAUAAACACAUACAAUGAAGAAAACAGAUAACAAAUUUUAAGACCAAGGUAAGAUACCUAAUCAAGGCCAUUUAAUCAAUCACAUUCAUCUCAUAACAGAAACACGUUCAUAUUCCAGUGAUCAAUGUAGACUUCAGGUGGGAAAGGAGGCCCUUCGAUCCGUUGUCCCAGAGCUGUGACAGGACGCAUAUUGAAGGGGCCCUCCUGUUAGAGGCCGUUUUUCCUCUAGUUCAUAACUUACCGAAUUUUUAUGGAGAAAUGUCAGCAUCUGUUCUUUCAGAACCAACAGCACACAUUUAGAAGGUCCUCCCAACUAUUCUCCUUGCCAACGAAAUGUAUUCAAUACUGUAGAUAUUAAACUAAUUUCCAACAUAAAAGGCAGGAAGAGUUUUGGAUCUGUCCUUUUUUACUAAACACUUUUAUUAUGACACUAGACACAGUAAAUUUUUAGGAAAAAAAUUACCAUUUACAGUCUCGUUGUGAGCCAUUCACUCUUGAUCCAAUGACUGCUGCCUAGAGGACGCCAUGGGUUACUCAUGCCAACCAUAGCCCGAGUGGCUUUUGUAGAGCACUGGCAUCCUGUUUAAGUGUUGUGGCCGCAGGCGCCCCCCAUGGCUGCCCAGGUGUCGCGGGUUUGCAUGGGAGGAAAGGCUCCACUCGCCUCUUCAGCUCGAGUCAGAGUUGUUGCCACACAUGGGGCCACGCGAACUGUGCCUGGCUGCCCUCAACGCACUCCUCAGAUGUGUGCUGCCUGUGUGAAAGUGUCCGUUCCAAGCAUGUGAAACACUAGGGCGUCCAGCGCCUUUCAAGGACUCCAUGGCUCUGUGUGACCACGAUGGUAUAAUAAAAUAAUAAAGUCAUCAUUCCAUUUUUAUCUAAAAGUAUAAAUGUUGCUUUGGCAUGAAGAGUGAUCCUCUUGAUUACAUCGUGCAUGUGGAGACUAAAUAAACCCAAAAGUGGCGGAGGCCUAGGUUUGUUUGUGUGACGUAGUAGGAUUCUGGACUGUAGCUAUGGGCUGGUGAGCUGUCCCACUGGCUCUGCUCAAAUGUAGUGGGAGACGUGGUGGCAGACAUGUCCUAGGAGCUAAGUUGCAUUAUUCCUAAAGGACACAAAAGAGAGAGUAGUAGGUCUUUUUAACAUUCUCAGAAACACUAAAAAAUGGGAGUGGGAGGGGGCAUAAAAAAAACUGAUGGCAUAUAAAUGGCCCUGGUUCAGGCAGUCUCCCAAAAGCAAAAAUGCCAACUUGAAAUACGAAGGGAUUUCACUUGAAAUGACUGCAUGAUGAGUUUUGAGUGGAUGGUGAGGCCAGGUGGUCAGCCACGUGUGCAGGUGCAUCAUGGGUCAGCCAGUGGGCAGGCAUUUCCUCCUUGAUGAGGGGGUGAGGACUUCGAAGUGGCCUGGUGGGGCCCACGCCAUGCGCGGGGCCCUCAGCCGAGCACAGGGGCCUGGCUGAGGGGAGGCACCGCCCCACUCUGGGGGGAAUCGAGGUAGUGAGAGGGAUAGUCCCCUGUGUGGCAAAGUUUGUGAGAGUGUAGCCCUCAGCCUCCCAAGGAGGGCAUGUGGGCAAGGCAGCGGCUUGUUUGUCAUGAGCACAAACCUGCAUUAUGCUGCAGGAAUUCCUUAUUUCCUAAAGACAUCCGAAUAGAACAGCCCAUGUCUAGCCUCACAGCUGUUGAACUGAUGGCGUGGCCAUGCGGAGGAGCGUCCCGCGGCCCCCACUGGCUUGGUUCAGGUCGUCUUCAUGUACCAUGUUUGCCCGGAGAGCGUAGGUAGCUCUCAUGUAAGACGCCAGGCAUUCCAGAGAGGGGAGCGUGUCUGAGUGUAUCACAGUUUGGGUUGUAGCUACUGUAAAAGUGUGAGCCCUCUGCCACCCCAGAGCGAGCCUGUCAUGCACAUGCUGGCACAAGAGGCCUGAGCGCUGGGCCCCGAGAUCCUGGCGCUGACGCUGCGCCUCCGCCCCACGGACUCCUGCCUCCCAGCAGCUUUUCUUCAGAGCUGACGAAAAGCGAGUGUCACUCUCCAGUCGUGACACCUCUAGGUGUAGGUGCCACUCAAGACUCUAGUGCUCUUUUCAUCUAGUUCCAUCUGCGUUGCUAAGAGGAUAUUCCUGGAAACCAAGAAACCUAAGCAAAGCUUCACACCAAGGAAGCAAAACUUUAAAGGACCUCACUUGGAGGGGCCCUGUGUGAUGCAGGAGGGAUCUGUCAGUCCCUUGCCUCUUAAGCAGGGAGCAGCUCACUUGUGUGGGAGGGAGGUCUUAGACUGCGGUCUGAUUUCUGGGAUUUUGUUGAAGUAAUUCACACGGAAGCACAGGACAACUUAAGACAGGGUCCUCUGGGGUCAGAGGUCAGAUGAGGCAGAGGGAAGUAUCAUUGAUGGCAGAACAUGCUAGAGAGAAGGCUGAAGAAAACAGCAAAACCAAAACACCUAAUGGCAGAUGAGUAACUCCCACGCUGUCAGCCCACAGUUGGUUCUGGAUGCCUGUGGGCAUGGCCAGGUGAUAGGUGGUGACUGCCACCUGCUGGUCUGUGGCAGAAAUGCCCCACAAAGAAGAAUUCAGAUUCUACCUUAGCAUCUAGUUUCCUUAAAACAUAUUACCUAAUUGUGCACAACUAAAGUGACUGAACCAUGGGCUUGGUCAGGGCUUCACAGCGUGGUCAAGGGCAGUGCUGAUCUGAGUUGCUGUCCAUCCUCAAGUCCUGGUGUGCAUCCUGUGCAGGCCCUUGCUUCCUUCCACCUGCAUGAGCAGAACCAGGAGCUCUGGGUGAGCAAUUCAUUGCUGACCUCAGGGACCUGUGUGGGUCUGAGAUGCCCACACGAAGGCCACAUGAAGCCACAGUUCCUCUGUCUGUAGUGCAGGUGAGAAAUGGGACUGUUGGGACGGGUUUAGCACGCUGGCUUCCUUUCUCGGUCCCAGUUCUGAGGAACUGUACUCUGUCCAGGCAGCCAUUAGUGUGGCUGGCCAGUUCAGCUCCUGCUGUGAAGGUCAGCUUCUCUGCAAGACUCUGAAAUGUGCAGCAUAUUAUGCUUCUGAAAAUCAAUAGUUGAAUUACCUCAGUUUUUAAAAAUCUAAAAACAAAAAGUUGCAAAGGAUUGCUGUUUAUCUUUCAGAUUAGAAGUCUAAAUUGUCCUUUGCUGGAGAAACUGUAUACCACUCCACAGAAGGGCUUUCCUAAUAUGCUUCUUACUGACGUCUAUAAAGCUUUUUGGUUUUUGUUUUUAAGAAACAUACUUGACUCCUGUCUAUUUUAGGACUUUUGGAGAAAUGAUACUGAUUGUGAUUUUUUUCAGGUAUUGCUUUUAUUGUUUUACCUAGAAUAGUAGAAAUUUCACUAUAAUUUGUCUGCUUGUGAAGAAAAAUAGGCUGUCCUUAGCAGGAAAAAAAGUUGGGUUGGCAUUCUUUUUCUUGCUUGUACAGGAAGGGUGAGAGACAUACUCUGAGGGGCAUUUUUACCAGCAAGGGUACCCCUGUAACGAUAUGACAGGCCUCAUCUUGUCAGAUUUCCAUGUAACUGCGUGGUUCCAUGCUAGGUCCAUGUUUGUAAUUGUUUCUAGCCUACAUAGUUACUGAUUUUUUUGUGCACCUCUUUGGUAGGAUUUUGAGCAUGCUAAUCAUCUAGGGAUAAUCUGUUUUCAGAAAAUAGAAAUGAAAUAGGGUGGGGUCCUGAACUGGCUGCUUAACUAUGCCAGCCAGGCAAACUGGCAGUCUCCAAACCAAGACGUGGCCUGCUGCCGUGACCGGCCAGCCCAGGCCUUGGUGGGAGCAGUAGACGUGACCACCGUGCCCACAGCUGCCCUUACCCCUUGCUGUCCUCCUCAGGCUAUUGGACUCCACAGAAGCCUCGUAGAUUUAGGUGAAGCACAACAACACUCCCUGGGCUAGAAUGUGUGUGUGUGCGUGCGUGCGUGCGCGUGCGUGUGUGUGCGUGCACGCGCACACUUCCGUGUGUUCCUGUAACUUCUGGCCCAACCUUACCCUAGCAUUUAGGGGCAGCUGGGAAGCUUCUAGUUUUAUGUAACCCAAAGGGUCAUUUUUAAUUUAAAAAAAAGCUGAAUUUUAGUAAUUUUAGAUGAUGAACGACUUACUUUAAAAUUAUUUUAAUUCCACUCUCAAUAUUUCACUGUGAUGUUAACUUGGAAGACCUGUCUGAGAUUAGUCCUUUUAAUUUGAAGCUCAUUAUAUCUGCUGAGCACAGGAUUCUUGCCAUCUGUAAACCCCGAACAUUCUGUGAAAUACUUCUAGUUAUCAUAUUUUUCCUUUACAAAAGCAUAACUUAAAAAACAAUUGUUGGUUUAUAGAAAUAUUUAUUGUUCAAGGUCUGUAAUUGUAUUUUUAAAUGAUGUAGUAUUCAACUUGUGAAGGGAUUUGUUUUGUCAAACCAUUAAAAACUCGAUGUGUGUAACAGCACGUGAAAGGGGUGGGCUUCCUGUGGCAGCCAUGGGGUGAACCUCCUGGUGGCCACACUGCUCCUGGCAGGUGUUUGGAAGAUGCCUGCUGGUCACAUGUUGAGGUGAAGCCAUCUUGAAAGCCCCUGAGGUAGAUGGAGGAGGCUGCGUCCCCUGUCCCUGGAGCAGUGUAUGUCUAAGGCAGAUAGGUGACUCCGCACUGUCACAUACUGAAUAGAGAGGAGAAAGUAUUUUCAGACUCCAGGAAACUUUGGAAAGUCAGGAACUAAGCUGCUUGGAAAUCAGUGCCACAAAAUGUGGCCUUGGUGGACGCGGGAAGCGACAGGAAAGUUCUUGACAGUCUGUGUCCGGUCAGUCGCUACUUUUCUUUUUCCUAAUUCGCCCUGUUGGAUGUGGAGUAGAUCAUAGAUGUCGUAGACUGAGAGCUGGGACUGUGUUGGGACCGGCAGGUGAUGUGUCACUCCCACAAAUGGCAUCUCCGAGUAAGCCUGCUGCCUGUUGCGCGUGGAGGUGGAGCCCACAGCUGGAAUGAGGCGCAUGCUCGGCUCUCCUUGCAGUUGUUUGCUGAGCAGAGAGCCGAGGGACCCUCCUGACUGGCUGGGGGGCUGGAGGGUGAGGGUGGGGCCUGCUGCAAUCCUGUCAUGGACUGUGAUAUUGUAAGGUCUGUAUUUUGUAUGUGGAUCUCAGAUUCCAUCAGGAAAAGAGCCUUAUGUGUGUCAUUAACAUUUAUAUUUCCAUUCAAAAUCUGUAUUCAGUGUUUUAUUUCCUCAAAACAAACUUUGUUAAUUUAGGAAAUAUCUCCAAGUGGAAACGUGCUAACUUUCUGUAAAUCUUAAAUAAAAGGUGCUGUUCCUUCCUCUGA